AAACUGUCAACAAUGCUGCAUGUUUAUUACUUGGUUAAUAGUUCUUGUGGACAUAGUGUUUAGUGGUAAUAGUAUGUGCUUUGGAUAAAAAAUAUAUCUUCUGUUUUUAACAAUUUUUAAUUUGCUUACAGAACUGAGUCACAAAUUGAAGAAUAUUCUUUCAGGGAAGGCACCCGUGCAAAUUGCUUAAGAACAUUUAAGUUUAAAAUUGUGUUAAUGAAACUUAAAGUAACUAUGGCGCGCGGACGCGGACGAAUGCGCGAAGAACAUGUACACAAAAUGCAAAAGAAUUAUCGCUUUCUCCUUAAAAAUGUUGAUGCAAAUUUAUUAUGUUCGGGUCUUUUUGAACUGUGUGUUCUGAAUGAUGACGACAUGGAGGAGGUUAAAAAUAAAGUGGAAGGGGAAAGCAAUGUUCAAGGUAUGGAGCUACUGCUCAAGAAAUUAUUCCAUGCUGGACAUGAUGCCUAUGAACAUUUUAUCAAGUGUCUAAAGGACGCCAAUUAUCACGAAGUCAUAUCCACACUAGAGGGAACUAACAGUCAAAGUGAAGACCCAAACCAGACACACGCUCAGACCGAGGAAAGCGUCUUAUCAGUCAAAGAAAAAGUAGCGAUGUAUGAGAAAUUCGCAGAACUUCGGGGUAAACAACGGAAAUCACACAAGGAUAUGAUUGUAAUUAAAGAACAGUUGGCUGAAAACAAGGAAAUAUGUGAUAUACAUGCUGAGAAAAUACAAUCGGUAGUGGAUCGAGUGAAGGCGUUUGAAGUAAAAUUGGAGGAUUGUCAGAGAACAUCGCAAAGCCAAAUAGAAAUAGUAAAGUCACUUAAAACACAGAUAGAACCCAUUGUAGUACUGAUUGGCUCUUCAGACACAAAGGUUCGCCAAUUGCAAACAACAGCGCAUGUUCAUACACUAGAACAGAACGUGAAUGAAAGGCAUAAAAUUGACGCCAACGAGCAGAAAAAGAUGAACGAAAGAGUGUCUGCUUUAGAAAGAAAAAUGGAGAUGCGUCGGAACCGAUCUGAACAGACGGAAGAAUUGUCAGUGCCCGAUGGCAACUUUAAGGUGACUGGAAAGACAGACCAGGAAACACAGACAAUCGACGAUUUAUCCAGCGAAACAUUUGUUAAGAAUACGGAUAGCAUUGUCCAAACACAAAUGGAAGCAACUCGAUCACGUGGGUGCAUGGGUGUAGACUCCGCUGAUGGCGGGGCUGGGACCGAUCUUAAAUUGAAUAUUUUUAAGACAGUAAUUAACGGAAAGGUUGCUAAUGGUUCGGUGAAUGUUGGUGGUGACAUGAAGCUGGUCGGGUUAGAGAAGUACAUAACAAAUAAUAGAAAAGAAGGUCGAACGGUCAUGCUGAUUUCUAUCAAAAGCUUUGAUGGUCACGAGAUAGAUUCGUACCUUCAAAAACACAAAACUAUGUCUUUAAAAUCUUUAGAUGCUGAAAAUGAGGAUAACAAAAUUUAGGAAUGCGUUUGGUAAAACUAAAAACAUUUAUAUUUUCGAGGUUAGGGCAUAUGAACACAAUAACAAAAAUGAAAUGAAAUGAAAUGGGGUUUAACGUCCUACUGUUUUGCUCCUAAACUGGGCUAAUGGAGACGGGCAUACGCCAUACAGUCUGCUAUGAGGAAAUUUUGCCCGGGCAGCGGCGCUACGCCCUACCCUUAUAUAGAAUUCCAACUGCCGGGGGAUCUUUAACGUGCACGUCAAUUUGUACACGGAACCUCGGUUUUUCGUCCCAUCCGAACGACUAGAAAGCUGUCUUUGCGAGGCCCUCCGUCCUGCAUCACUGACAAGGGGGAAACCACGCCGGAAAAUCUGGAUGAACUUUCUCGGCCAAUGCAGGGAUCAAACAACACAAUUACAAAUAUUGCCACAACAGAACUAAAAUGAAAUUUAAGGUCGCUAUUACGUCUUGUGCACCACUAGAUAAAGGUCAGAUCCAUUUCAGAUGGCCACCUGCAGAUGUCUUGAAGGUCACGAGAUGUAAACACAGAAUAUAUAAGUAGCUAAUACCACUUUUGUUAAAAAUUCUUCUUCAAACGAUGCCAUUUGGUUCAGUAAUGUCGUCACACUUACCCGAAACUGACACCAGAUGGACACAUGAUAAAGUAAAUGUUCAAAUUAAUGUAGAUCUAAAGUAAAUUCCUAUGAGAAUAAAUAAUAACAAAUGUAAUGUAGAUCUAAAGUAAAUUCCUUUAAAAAUAAUAACAAAUGUAAUGUAGAUCUAAAGUAAAUUCCUAUAAAAAUAAUAACAAAUGUAAUGUGGAUCUAAAGUAAAUUCCUAAUAAAAUAAUAACAAAUGUAAUGUAGAUCUAAAGUAAAUUCCUUUAAAAAAUAACAAAUGUAAUGUAGAUCUAAAGUAAAUUCCUAUAAAAAUAAUAACAAAUGUAAUGUAGAUCUAAAGUAAAUUCCUAUGAAAAUAAUAACAAAUGUAAUGUAGAUCUAAAGUAAAUUCCCCUUUAAAAAUAAUAACAAAUGUAAUGUA